AUGGCAUUGGUGAUCUUAUCUUUGGAUGGGAUCCGGUGCCGGGCUUUACUCUUGAUCCCUCUUCCUCUUGUGGUACGACUAGCUUCGAGCUCAUUUGGAAAACUGCUGAUCCGGAUUGAAUUGCUAACAGAUCUGAGCUGUCUUGACCUCACUCUACCAAGGUUCCAACCAGAGAAUGUCGAGCAUAACAAAAAGUUGUACGAGCAGGUUAAUGCCAUAGCAACAAGGAAGGGAUGCAUCACAUCGCAGUUAGCAUUGGCCUGGUUACAGCACCAAGGGAAUGAUGUGUCCCCCAUACCCAGUACUACCAAGAUUGAAAACUUUAACCAGAAUGUUGGAGCUUUGUCUGUAAAACUAGCACCUGAGGAAAUAACCGAGCUUGAAUCUAUUGCUACAGUUGAUGCGGUCAAGGGUGACAGAUAUGAACACAUGGCUACCACCUGGAGGUUUGCAAACACUCCUCCCCUAUCCUCUUGA